AUGUGCAUAUUGUCACAUCACCACGUGAUAGGAUAUGUCCACGUUUUAAUGGUUAUAUUAUUGGUUUCGAGAUCACAUGCUGCAGCUAAACUCUGGAAUGAGCAGAAUAACAUGAUUUCCAACGAGACGGCGAUUUAUUACAGUGAAGGGGUCCGUAUGGGAAUAAUCAAUCCAGAAAAAUACUCCCUUCAAUCGUUCGAACAACAUGAGAGGGAGAUGUUCAAAGAUACGUACAGAGACUUUAUAUCACUGAAUGGCACUCAAGCGAUCAGUUACCAGGAAUGGCUCAUAUUGAACAACUACGGAAUACUGUACGAUACUCAGGAGUCUGUGUUAGAGAAGAAAACUAGUACACGAAGUACGGUUAAUAAAGAUUUAUUUGUCAAAAAUAUCCAGAAGGGGGAUAUAUUAAUCACAACAAAAUUUAAUAACGGUUUCAUUGGCCAUGUAGCAAUAAUGGCAACUGAUGACCACGCGAUAGAGUUGCCUGGUGGCUUGACUUGGAUGUUAGGCAUAGCGGAUAAUAACAGAGUUAUUUCUAAAGACGCUUGGUUUAACGAUUAUGGCUCCGGUUGGACGACUGUGUACCGGUGUCCUGACAAGGCAGUAGCUGAUAGUGCCGCGGAGUGGGCUUACCUUCACUACUACAACCCACUUGGACUUGCCGAGAAGACCAUCCAUACACUGUACAGAUUAAACUUUGAUUUCGAAUCUACGAACCCUAGCUACUGUUCUAAGCUAGUACUUCAAGCUUUCGUCUUCAGUAACCGACCAAUUAUACAUAAGCUCCAUAGGUACGGGUUUGUGAUACCUCCAAUUCAAGUCCCGGGGUACUUCGAGCCUCCAUAUAAAUUGAAAAUUGUCGGAAAAUUUUGAUAAAAAAUUAAGGUUUGAUAAAUAUUAAUGGCAAGUAGGUAGGACUUCUAUGUGCUCGUCAAGAAA